ACUUUAGGAAUUUAAAAAUGUAAAACAGAGUUACCCUGCAACCACCAAGAAUCCUGGGACCACAUUAGAACGUCGUGAGUCUGGUUGUAGCUUUUCUUUCGUGGUGGUCCUCUACUGACACAUCAUGAGCAGCGAGUGGUCUAGUGAAGGGUACUUUCAUCUAAACAAACGUUUUAAGCCUGACACCGAUGACACAAUAUUGAAUGUAGACAACCUUGACAGCUCAGGCGAAAAUCGUACCGAGCAAGGUUUGUUUACAGGGAUUGACUGGAGCCGUCUACCUUACCUGGUCUUGGUUCAAGUCUUCCAACACCUGGACAACCCAGACAGGUACCACGCUGCUCUCACGUGUAAAUCCUGGCUACUGACACUCUCUAGUCCAGCCGUGUGGCGCAAGGGACACUUCAAGUUAAACACCAAAUACGAUGAAUAUUUGCUCAUUUUCAUCAGAAGGAUGGGGAAAUCUUUUCUGCACAUUAGAGCCGAUUGUGCAAGAGCGCAGAAAGCUGGAGACAUCAGCUAUAGCAUAAGAUUCUUGUACCAGUUUAUCGAAGCUCUACUGACCACUAAAAACCAGCAACUGGUAACUCUCAGCCUGACUGGCAUGGAGAUGUGGAAAUCAUCCUGCGUUCACCACAAGUGGGAGAUGGUAAAAAAACUGGCCAUAAUAAUAGAACACCAGCGAAAUCUUCAAGUACUGGAUCUCAGCCACGCUGAAUUAAAUAAAGAUCAAGGUAUCCGGUUGCUAGAAGCUGCAGCCAGCCAUCGGUGCCACAAGACCAUCCACACCCUGGACAUUGACCGGCUCAUUCACUAUACGCAGUCAAUGGAUGUCAGUACUGAUAAAAAAUUUUAUCGUUGCAUGUCCCGUCUUAGCAACUUAUCAGUAUUGAAGCUGUACCAGCUCUACAUGUCAGACAACCUGCUGUACCUGCUAGCUAAGACAACCAGAAACAGCCUGCGGUUGAUCUCUAUCACGGAGGAUCAUUGCAUAUUAAACCAUCCUCCAACUACCAGUACAGCCUGGCAGUAUUUGACGUCUGCUUGUGCAAAUCUCAAAGUUGAAGUUUUCAUCAACCCAAGAACGGUGAGCUCACCAAGCAGCUAG